AUUUAGGUAAAAUAUAUGUGUCUGAGAGCAUUUUCAUGUGAAUACACUUUCAAAUUUCAUUAAUACUCUGAAUGUAUACACGAAAGAUCAAUUAAGGCAGGGUGAGAUUUGCAUAUCUUAAAUCACCAGCGUUACGGUUGUAGUGCUUACUGAUCUGUGUCUGUAAUAAAAAAUUAGAAGGAUUUAUCGGACAUUUAUCGGACAUUGAUUCAUUUCGAAAGACAAUUUAAGAUUGGAGAAGCAGACGUAACCAUUGCACAGUUUUCUAAAGGCUCCUGAGUUUUUUGUGUCGGAGAUUUUGAAGCUAAAGACAAAAAAAUAAUUUCGGAGACCUAUUUCGGACCAAGAUGAAUUACGACAAACUACUAAUGAAAAUCGGAGGGUUUGGCCGUUUUCAAAAACGUAUGCUGGCUCUGUUAAUAAUUCCUCCAUUUUUGGAUCCCAUGACGUCAUACAUGCUGACAUUUAUACUCGGAGAUCAUAAGCACAGAUGCCAAAUGCCAAACACCAUGGGGGAUCAAUUUAACAGUACUCUAAAUAUGGCUGCAAACAUUUCUGAAUGUUUUGUAUAUCAAAAUGGUAGUACAACAGCCUGUAAAGAGUGGGUAUACGAUCAAAGUCAGUACACAUCUACACUUAUUUCAACAUUUGAUAUGGUAUGCGACAACAAAUUUGUAAGAAGUCACACGAUGCUUUGUCAUUAUAUUGGAAUAUUUUGUGGUGCCUUCACAUAUGGAAUGGUUUCUGACACAUUAGGGAGACGACCCGUAUUGACAACUGCGCUUAUAGGAAUGAUGUUACCAAAUUUGAUACGGUCUUUUGUUUCGUCUCUUCCACUUGUUAGUUUCCUAAUAUUUGCGAACGGUUAUUUCAGCAUGCUCGUGUAUCAGUCAGGUUAUAUUCUAGCUACUGAAUUGGUGGAUCCCUCUAAAAGAGUUUUCGCAAACUUUGCCUAUUAUUUCUCCUUCUGCAUUGGAGAAUACGUGCUGGUAAUUUUUGCCUACUUUAUCAGGGAUUGGCGUAUUCUGGGCUGGUCAACAUCAAUAGUUGUUGGGAUAUUUCUCACCUCAUUACUAUUCCAGAAAGAGUCGGCACGAUGGCUGAUAGCGAAGGGGAAAUUAUCGAGAGCUGAAAUGAUUCUGAAGGAUAUAGCAAAAGAAAAUAAUGCUAGUUUUGACGUUGACAUUCAGAAAAUUAAGGUUGAUGAAAAACAUGAAAAGGUUGCAUUUUGUAAAGCAGUCAGAGAGCUUUUCAAGUCAAAAGUUCUAACGAUUCGAUUGGCUAUAUUUAUGUUUAAUUGGUUUUCGAUAAGUAUGACUUAUUUUGGGAUCACAAUGAAAGUUGGUAACUUAGGUGGAGAUGUCUAUGUGAAUUAUUUAAUAUCCACGUCAGCUGAAGUAAUUGCCUUAUUCAUAUGUCUUUAUGUGGUGGAAAGACUUGGAAGAAAAAAAAUAUUUAGUUCUUCAAUGUUAAUUUGUGGCAUCGGUUGUCUGUGUACAAUAUUUUCAUCUUUGUACGGUGGUCCAUCCCUUCACUGGUUGACGAUAACCUUAGCUAUGAUAGGAAAGCUCACAAUAACGGUGGCAUACUUUAAUAUUUAUCUUAUGGUAGCGGAAAAUUUCCCAACUAACCUCAGAUCAUUUGCGAUUGGAAUUUGCAGCUCAUCUGGGUAUGCUGGAUCAAUGGUGUCUGCAUAUGUUGGUGAUUUGGGUGUAUUGGUUGAUACAAAGUUUGGUGUUGCCUUACCGCUGGUAAUAUUUGGUGCAUUUGGUAUUUGUGCUGGUUUACUAUCAUUUGCCCUUCCAGAAACUAAAAAUAUGCCAUUGCCUCAAAGUGUACAAGAAGCUGAAAAUAUAUCAAGGAAACAAUACAAGGAAGGUGGAUCUAUCCUGUAUCUGAAAGGUGCUGAAAGUAGUUUGAUAGUCACAAAGGACUGAAAUAAUAAACACUUAAACGAAUAUUAGAUAAUAUAUUAAUUUCUAUUAAUUUUUUUUGGUUUAUAAACUGAUAUUAUUAGUUACAUAGUGUGUUAGUGAACUUAUACGAUAUAUAUGGGGUCAGUAAAUUCCAUAUUGGGUGUUAGUGAAGCUGGAACACUAUAUGGAAUUUUCUGAUCCGUAUAUAUCGUAUGAGGUCACUAGCACACUUUGUAACGAGUUUAUCUUUCCGACUAUCUUUAUGUGUGGAAAUUAGACCAGAGUUGUCCCAUUUGCAAUCAUCCCACAUCUUUUUAUUUUUCUAUUAAGGAGUUCAAGUGUUUAAUUUUAAGAACCUACUUCCAUUGGUCUGCACAAAAACCUAAUGUCAACAAUAACAAUUUAAUAUCAACAACCUUGAUAGGACAAUAUUAAAGUCAUUAAACAGAAAAUUCAACACAUUUGAAUAAUCACAUAGUGCCAAAGUCGUAACUCCAGUACAAACCGUGUAUUGAAAUAAGCCCCCUCCCUAUCAACCUAUUAUGGAAUAUACACGGUCUCAACGUGGACGCUUUUAACCAAUCAUAUUCCUAGAAAUGUAUAGGAGGUGAGAUAAAUAUGUAUAACUGCCAUAAAAUGUUUACAAUUGUCUCUUUAACUUAUGCAUAAUGUUAUUCACUUUUCUACGAAAUA